AUGGUUUCUUUCUCGUGUGAGGAGUGCGGUGACAUCCUAACCAAAAAGAAACUUGACCCUCAUCGCAGCCGCUGCCGAGGCGCAACCUUUACCUGUAUUGAUUGCAUGGUAUACUUUCCCGGCGUCGAAUACCGUUCUCAUACAUCUUGCAUGACAGAAGAGCAGAAAUACCAAGGCGCAUUGUAUAAGCCGAAGCAAAACAACAAGAAGCAGCAGCAGCAGCAGCAACAACAACAACAUCAACAGCAACAGCCCACCAUGAACUCGCAUCGGUUAGGCAUGGCCAACACGCUGGCCCUGCAGCCAUUUGUCGAAGAUGUCAACGAAGACAAGGAAUACGAGUCGUGGCACGAGUACGAAGACAAAUCUCGACCUCCCCCCGAGGCCCCAACCCCUCCAUCUGCUGCCGAUGAUGACCACGUCAACGUCUUUGACUUUCUCGACAACUCUCAAACCCCGACUGCCUCAAACGUGAGCCAUGCGCGAGACCGAAAAGCUCCUGGUCCCAGCGACAGUACCUCUCUUGUGCGCUACGAGACAAAGAGCGAAGAGCUCCUGGAGCCGGUUCUUAUGGACCGAGACGGAGAGCCGCUUGUACAAUACGGAACCGGCCCUGUACCCACGGGUUCUCUCGCCACCCCUCAACCCAAGACCGAGCGACGGAGGUCAAAGGAACGCGAUGCCAAGAAGGACAAGAAGCGGAAGCGCUUGCACGUCGAUGUUACUGGCGACCAAAUCAUGGCUGAUGCACCUCCCGUUCUUCACUCUGGUCUCACUGGCGGCCUGAAGAACAUGAUGCGACCUGCCUUCCCACCCUCACCCGAUUACUCUGGAGACAACAUUGCCGAUCUCUCCCCAACAAGCCCGCUCAAGAAGACGAAGCACUCUCGACACCACAAGAGCCACCAUUCCCACACGAUGAGCAACAGCCUCUUUGGCAUGAUUUCUGGCCCUCCACCCAAGACCAAGUCGAGCAAGCACAAGUCGUCUUCCAAGAAGCACUCCUCCCACAGGCAUGAGAAGAAGGAGCCCAAGCUCAUCGAGUUCCGACCUGGUUCCAAGGACGGCAAACACGAGAACCUCGACGGGCAGAUGAUUGUCUUUAAGCCCCGUGCCGAUGUCUUCCUCAGCUUCGUCAACAAGGGACCUGAGAGUGAGCGCGGCUGCAGCAUGAACAAGGCCUUGAAGCGAUUCCACCGGGAGCGCCAAGCCGCCGGCUCUAGCUCCCCCAAGGGCAAGGAAGAGAAGGAACUGUGGCGAUCUCUGCGACUUCGACGCAACGACCGAGGCGAAAUUGUUCUUUUUUGUGAAGAAUAA